GCUGCGGCGGGGCCGGGGGGCGCGGGGUGCCGGGGGGCGCGUGGCCCGGGGCGGAACGCGACCACCGAGAGCCCGGAGGGACGGAGCUGGGACGGCGACCGGGCCGCGGGGGUGGCCGCGCCCAGCCCGACCCGGGCCCGCCGACCCCCGCACCCGGCCCCGCCGGCAGCCGCGCCCCCGGCCCGAAAUAGCGCGGGGCGGGGCCGGCACCGCCAUGGCGAGGCAACCGGCAAAGACGUUGUGGUACGACCGGCCGCGGUACGUCUACCUGGAGUUCUGCGUCGAGGACAGCAGGGAUGUUAAGGUCGUCAUUGAGGACCAGCGGCUGGUGUUCAGUUGCAAAAAUGCAGACGGCGUGGAGUUCUACAACGAGAUCAACCUGUAUGCACGGGUCAACUCCAAGGACUCACGGGAGAAGCGCUCCGACCGCUCCAUCACGUGCUUUAUGAGGAAGUGGAAGGAGAAAGUGGCCUGGCCGCGCAUCACCGAGGAGAACAUCAAGCCGGCCUGGCUCUCCGUCGACUUUGACAACUGGCGAGACUGGGAAGGGGAUGAGGAGGUGGAGAGGGCCAUGGUGGAGCAGUACGCAGAGCUCCUGGAGAAGGUGACAGACAAAGGCCCUCCGCCGGCCAUGGACGACCUGGAUGACGACCUAUGAAGCCGGGGACGCCGCGGGAGGCCGCCCGGUGCGCCGGCAGCGCGCACCGCCGAGGCGGGGCUCCCGGAGGCAGCGGAGCCCCCCCCCUGCUCCCCCCCGCCGGUUAUCCGCCGAGAGCGGCGGGAGCCAUCCGGCCUCCCCGUGCCCGUUACCCGCGCGGGGCACGGGGCAAUAAACGUGAGCUGCCGC